UUGAAAUCAAAUUACUUAACCCACUAGUCUUAACUUACCCACUGUUAACGUAUUCUACCCAUCCACAAAUCAAGUGUAAUCAGAACUCUGUCAUAAGAGGUUUGUAGUUGGUCGACUUUUCUUAGCUGCCUAAGUCUUGGUGAAGUUGCUCUUUUUAGUUACUUGUGGUCAAGCUGGGUGCAUAUUUUCAAACUUCGUGGGACAGCUGCUGAUCGCCGGUCACACACCUUUCUUGAUUGUGUUGCGUCCGGGUUAUAGAACGCAUACUACUAGCACCGAACGACCGAAGGGUAGGAGUUGGAAAAUCGUGUCUACUAUUGCAGUUCACCGAUAAACGAUUCCAACCAGUUCAUGAUCUGACUAUUGGUGUUGAAUUCGGUGCUCGAAUGAUCAAUAUCGAUGGGAAACAGAUCAAGUUACAAAUAUGGGAUACGGCUGGUCAAGAGUCAUUUCGAUCUAUUACUCGAUCGUAUUAUCGUGGGGCAGCAGGUGCUUUGCUCGUAUACGAUAUCACUAGACGAGAGACAUUUAUGCACUUGACUACCUGGCUUGAAGAUGCUAAACAGCAUUCAAGUUCCAGUAUGGUCAUAAUGCUGAUAGGAAAUAAAAGUGACCUGGAGAGUCGACGUGAUGUCCAAAAAGAGGAAGGUGAAGCAUUUGCCAGGGAACAUGGUCUAAUCUUCAUGGAAACAUCAGCUAAAACUGCUGCCAAUGUUGAAGAAGCUUUUAUCGACACAGCUAAGUGCAUACAUGAAAAAAUCCAGGAAGGUGUUCUAGAUGUUAAUAAUGAGGCGAAUGGAAUUAAACUUGGACCUCAUCAUAACCCGGUUGGUGGCGCUUAUAACAAUACAAUGACGAAUCGUGCUUCUGGGUCCGGCUGCUGUUAA